AUGCUGCAGUGUGAGAGCUGCGAGAAGCCUAUCGUCGAUAGGUUCCUGCUCAAAGUCCUGGACAGACCGUGGCACGUCCAGUGUGUCCAGUGCUGCGAGUGCAAAUGCAGCCUGACCGAGAAGUGCUUCUCACGCGAGGGGAGGCUGUACUGUAAGAACGACUUCUUCAGGCGAUUUGGAACCAAGUGUGGCGGCUGCGCUCAGGGGAUUCUACCCAGCGAUCUGGUGCGCAGGGCCAAGAGCAAAGUGUUCCACCUGAACUGCUUCACCUGCGUGAUGUGCAACAAGCAGCUGUCCACGGGAGAGGAGCUCUACAUCCUGGACGAGUUCAAGUUCGUUUGCAAAGAGGACUAUCAGAACAACAACGGCAAGGACACCAUCCUCCUCUCAGUCACGACGUCCAGCGACCCGAGCCUGUCCCCGGACCCCCAGGACCCGCAGGACGACGGGAAGGACUCGGAGACGGGACACCUGUCCGACAAGGACGGGGGCGGCAACGAGAACGACGAGCAGGGCGCCGUCGGGAAGCGACGCGGGCCGCGCACCACCAUCAAAGCCAAGCAGCUGGAGACGCUGAAGGCGGCUUUCACGGCCACGCCGAAGCCCACCAGGCACAUCCGGGAGCAGCUGUCGCAGGAGACGGGCCUGACCAUGAGAGUCAUCCAAGUCUGGUUCCAGAACCGGAGGUCUAAAGAGAGACGCAUGAAGCAGCUGAGCGCACUGGGCACACGGAGACACGUGUUUUUCCGCGGCACCAGGAGGAUGAGGGCGCUGGGGGAGCGACUGGAGCCCGGAGAGCUCGGACACUUCUCUUACUAUGGAGAUUAUGGGGAGUAUUAUGGCUCAGGAGGGAAUUACGAGUACUACCAGGGCCCACCUUCAUCCCAGGCUCAGACUCCAGCAGACCUGGGCUUUGUGCCCUCCUCUGUCCCCGCCGGCACCCCGCUGGGAGCCAUGGACCACCACCACCACCACCACCACCACCAUCACCCGGGCCACCACUGUCCGGGAGAGGUGCAGUGCUUCUCCGACCCGGCGGCCCAUCACCCUGUGGACUCACCCAGUCCGGAGCCCAGCGGGCCGGGCUCCAUGCACAGCAUCUCCAGCGAGAUGUGUGGGCCCAGCACGCCCUACACCACUGUGUCCCUCAGUGACAAUGGAUACACCAACCAGCUGUCACAGCCCUCCUCAGAGAUGAGUGAAGGCACUGUCUGGUGA